AUGUCUCACCUCAGCGUUGAGCUCAAGACGCCGGUCACCGGCCCCUACAAGCAGCCCACCGGCCUGUUCAUCAACAACGAGUGGGUUGAGGGUGUGGACAAGAAGACCUUCGAGGUCGUCAACCCCACCACCGAGGAGGUCAUCUGCUCCGUCUGCGAGGCCACCGAGAAGGAUGUCGACAUUGCCGUCGCCGCCGCCCGCAAGGCGUUCAACACCACCUGGAGGGACACCACCCCGCAGCAGCGAAGCAUCUACCUGAUCAAGCUCGCUGAGCUUUGCGAGAAGAACGCUGACCUGCUCGCCUCGGUCGAGUCCCUCGACAACGGCAAGUCCAUCACCAUGGCCCGUGGCGACGUCGGCGCCGUCGCCGGCUGCCUGCGGUACUACGGCGGCUGGGCCGACAAGAUCGAGGGCAAGACCAUCGACAUUGCCCCCGACAUGUUCCACUACACCCGCCAGGAGCCCCUCGGUGUCUGCGGCCAGAUCAUCCCCUGGAACUUCCCCCUCCUCAUGCUUGCCUGGAAGAUCGGCCCCGCGCUGGCCACCGGCAACACCAUCGUCAUGAAGACUGCCGAGCAGACCCCUCUGUCCGCUCUCGUCUUCGCCGACCUCGUCAAGGAGGCCGGCUUCCCCGCCGGUGUCCUCAACAUCAUCUCGGGCUUCGGCAAGGUCGCCGGUGCUGCCGUCGCCUCCCACAUGGACAUUGACAAGGUCGCCUUCACUGGCUCCACCCUUGUCGGCCGCGCCAUCAUGAAGGCCGCUGCCUCUUCCAACCUGAAGAAGGUCACCCUCGAGCUUGGUGGCAAGUCCCCCAACAUUGUCUUCAACGACGCCGAUAUCGAGAAGGCCGUCUCCUGGGUCAACUUCGGUAUCUACUUCAACCACGGCCAGUGCUGCUGCGCCGGUAGCCGCAUCUACGUCCAGGAGGGCGUCUACGACAAGUUCGUCGCUGCCUUCAAGGCCCGCGCCCAGCAGAACAAGGUCGGCGACCCGUUCGCCGACGACACCUUCCAGGGCCCCCAGGUCUCUCAGAUCCAGUACGACCGCAUCAUGGGCUACAUCGACUCGGGCAAGCAGGAGGGCGCCACCCUCGAGACGGGCGGCGGCCGCCACGGCGACAAGGGCUACUUCAUCCAGCCCACCAUCUUCACCAACGUGACCCCCGAGAUGAAGAUCAUGCAGGAGGAGAUCUUCGGCCCCGUCUGCGCCAUCGCCAAGUUCAAGCACGAGGAGGACGUCAUCAAGAUGGGCAACGACAGCACCUACGGCCUGGCCGCCGCCAUCCACACCCAGGACCUCAACACCGCCAUCCGCGUCAGCAACGGCCUCAAGGCCGGCACCGUCUGGGUCAACUGCUACAACAUGCUGCACCACCAGCUGCCCUUCGGCGGCUACAAGGAGUCCGGCAUCGGCCGCGAGCUCGGCGAGGCUGCCCUGGCCAACUACACCCAGAACAAGUCGGUUGCCAUCCGCCUGGGCGAGGCUAUCUUCUAA